AUGGCAUCAAGCCGAUGUUUCGAGUUCGCUCAUAAAAGUGCUGUCAUAUUCCAAGCGCAUUUCAAUGGCUUCGUCUAUGAAAUGUCCAUGGGAACACCAAUGAAUGGAUCAGAGAAGAAAAAGAACAGAUGUCUUGGCGGAUCGAUGAAUUUAAAUGCUGGGAUGCGCAUCGUCGUUUCCAUCGGGACUUUGGUGAUCCUAGCUCUGGUCGCUGCACUGUAUAUGAAGUUCAAGAAAGCGCUGUUCAUACUGCUCAUACCGACCGCAGUUACGGUGAUGACAGUGGUGGCGAUUCUUACGAGAAGACAUCGUUUUGUUUGGCCGAUCAUCGCCACAUCGAUGUUCCACGUGAUUCUUGCAUGUUAUGCACUGCUGAUCUUCUCCUUCUACUUCUUCUUCAAACCGUUUUACAUCAUCAUGGUGCUUAACUGGGCAUUCGACACUUUGCACACGGACAAGACAGACUCGUACUACGUUCAAUGUACAGCGAUUUUUGUCGGAUUGACAUCGUUCCUAGCCUACAACUGCUGGCAAGCCGUUAUCUCAUUGUCCUACUUGGAGCAUCUACAAAUGAUACAGAUACGAUCUCUUGUUGUAAUUACUCUGUCACGCGAACAUAAGAACUUAAUCGAUUUCUUUGUUCAUCAUCGACCUCACCAACUACAUACUUUAACGACAAAAGAAAGGCUCAACAAAACAAAUGGGAGUAAAAAGUAUCAAUCAAUCAAUGUUAUCAUACCAUAUAACAAAACAUCAUCACAAAUGUACACAUAG